AUGCUUCACAGCACUACAAUACGAGACAAAAUAAAAUUAUUAAAGGCUGCUACUAUUAUAAUUAUUGGAGUACUUGAAUGUGUUAAUAGUACUAGCCUUAGUAUUACUGUUAUUGAUGAUGGAGAAUUGAUUAUUACAAAGAAUAACAUUUAUUCAAGGAAUCAUUUCUCAAACGAACUUGUUGAAGAAGAGCGUAUUGAAGAAGAAGAAGAGGAAGUUAUUGAAUUCCCUGACAAGACAAAUGACAAAUCACUGAUAAAUGACUCACUGGAAUAUGAUGAUGGCAAUAAUAACACAUCGAAUGUCGUUAAUCCUGUGAAUACAUCAACCAAUUCUAAUACUUCAGCCAGCUCAUUCCUCACUUCCCCACCAUAUGAACAGAGAAGAAGACAGAUUAGAAAUUAUCGUAAAUUUUAUCGAAAGAAUUCAAAUUCUUUUGAUCUUGGCUUUAGUGGAAGAUAUUUUCCUACAUCUAAAGGCAAUUCAUUGAAUAGCUUCAAUUCUUUGCAUAGUAAUUUUAUUGUGAUUGUUGCUGGUAUGAUUAUAGAUUUUCUUAUCAUGCAUCGCUGAUUGUCUAGUACCUCUACUCAUAACAUACUACUUUAAACUACUUAUAUCAUAUAUAUUUCAACUCAUCAACUCAAAAGUGAAUACAAA